AAGAACUUUUUCAUCUAAGAUGAAGCUGUCCAUCGCAUUAAUCCUUUUCUCUGGAUUUGCCCUUUCAAUGGCUGCAUCGAGAUCCAAACGAGCAGCCUAUGAACUUCCGGACGGUGCAGAGCUUAUUGUUGGACCGAUAAGAACAACUUUUGUAUGCAGUAAUGAAGGAUACUACGCUGAUAUGGAGAACAACUGUCAGAUCUUCCAUAUCUGCCACACCGCCGUCCAUGCUGAUGGCACAUCUGAGAUGCAGCAUUGGUCCUUCCUGUGCGGCAACCAGACUGUGUUCAACCAGUAUUCUUUCACUUGCUCUAAUUUCGAGGAUUCCAUUCCAUGCGCAAGAUCAGGCGAUUUCUUCUAUUUGAAUGCCAAUCUGCAUAUUGGGUCUGAUGUACCUCUGCACAAUGAAGAAGAUGCUAUCAAUGCAGCUUCUAUGAUCCCUGGAAGACCAGUUCAGGCACCUGUGGCAGGCUCACCAGCAGGAGGAUUCAGAGGAUAA